AUGGGGGAUGCUAUGCUGCUUCUUCACCUUCCUCUUCCUUUCCUUUCCAUUCAGAUUUCUGCCCUCUAUACCCAUAUUAUACACGUAAUGGAUUUAGUUGUCAAGUAUUAUGAGUCUGAGAUAAGAAAGAAAUCUGAAGAAAUUGAUUAUUGGAAGAGGAAAUCUUUUGUGUUACAAAGUCAAUGUGGGGUUCAGGAAGAAGAAUUGGAUGCUUAUAAAGCUACAUUUGAUGCAUUACGUAGCGAACUUCAGGAGAAGAAAUUGGAUUACUACCUUGUUGAGAGUAAGUUGAAGGACUUGACAAAUGGAAUUUCUACAACUCAGGAUGAUGAGCUCAAGUACAAGACGAUGUGUGACAAAUUGAACCAACAGAUUGAAGAGUUGAAGAGAAUAUGUAAGGAAUCGGUUUCUGAAGCAGAAUUGAAGCUGAAAUGUGAAGUUGAUUUGGAGAGACGAUUAAAAGAUUGUAAAGCUCAGUAUAGUGAGAUGUACGAGGAGUUAAAGAGGUACAAGGUGACGUGCGACCAAUUGAAUGAACAGAAUGAGGAGUUCAAGAGAAGGUAUAAGGAGUUGAAGGAGGAGUUCGAGAGAAGAAGGAAGGAGUUGGUAACACAAGCAGAAUUGAGGCUGGAGCAACAAGUUGGUCUGGAGAAACAGUUGAAUGAACAGAAGGAGGAGUUCGAGAGGAGGUGUAAGGAGCUGGCAGCACAAGCAAAAUCAAGUUUAAGGAGGGGAAAGAAAGAGUGGUUGCUCUUGAAAACGACCUCAAGGAGUAUAUGUGGUGAGCUGAAUGAACAGGUUGAGAGCUCAGAAGAUAAAGUAAGAGCUACAAGUAGUGAGGCGGGAAAAUGUAUUGAUAAGCUCACUAAGGAGAUUGUGAAUUUGGGGGAUGAAAAAAGAAAGGUGGAGGAUGAAAGUGAAGUUUUAAAGACCAAGAUUAGGGAAUUGGAGAGUAAAACAGCCUUAUAUCUGAAAGAAUUAGACGAUUAUAAAGUUAAGUGUCAUGGUUUGUCGGUGGAGCUGAAGGAUAAGGAAUUGGAGUUUGUUGAGUAUCAAAGUAAAUUAAAAAACUUAGCACUGACUUCAAAUGCUUUUGUGGAUGAACUUGAAGGCUACAAAAUGGCAAUGAAUGGGCUGAAAGAGCAAAUUAUGGGUCUAGCUGAAGAUCGAAAAGUUUUCUCCGAAAGAGAAAAGGAAGCAGAAGAAAGAAUUUCUUCCUUGCAAGAAGUAAUUAAGAGUUUGGUAGAAGAGAAAUGUAAUCAGCUAAGUAAGGAGACCAAAUCAUAUUCCUCUCCUCAAAUAGACAGAGAUAAGCAUGUCUCAGGCCCUAUCUCUACUACAAAACGAUCAGAGCCUUUAGCAAAUUUGAACGGAGUCAAGGGAAAUGCUGCAUCUCUAAUUAAGAUGGAAUUCGCAAAUACAGCAAAUGAGAAGAUAGUUCUUGAGAUGGAAGAAAGAGAGACAGCUGCUUGCAUGCAAGAUAAUAUGAAACCAGCAGGUAUUGUUCAGAUGUGUAGCAGUGAGAAUGACAAGGAAAUUAAGCCAAAGCUGAAUGUUUCAACUUCCAAAAGACCAUUUCUCGAUCAGAAAGGUGAGGAAUGUGGCAUCAAUUUCCAAGCAGUUGAUAUCCCGUUAUCUUCAGCACCAAAAAGAGAGAGGCUUCUGGACACAGUAACUAUUGAUAGCGAUGAACGUAAGAUGAAGAAACUUAAAGAAGGUACAGUAAGUCCUACACCUAAUAUCACUCCCAUGAAUAUAUGUGCAGGAGAUAUUGCUCUCUCUUCCAAGUGUCAAAAUGCUGAAGAAUACAUAGCCAAGUUACAGCGAAAUUUGGCUUCACAAAAAAUGUGUGCAGAAAAGAAAAGCCUGGCAGAUGGAACAUCAAAAGUAGAAAAUACAUUUCCAGAUUGUUUGGAAUGGCUGGUAGUAGGUCAUCACAAGUAAAGGUAGGCAGCUUAACUACCGAGAACGAUGGUGACAAAGUGACAGAAGAAGCUAAUUCUGAUAGCCGCGGAGAUAGUAAUACUGAAGAUGCAGCGGAUGUUGACUAACUAAAGCUUUAUAUGUGAGAAAAUGCAGUAGAUUUCUAUUAGAAAAUUGUAAAUGCUAACCGGAAAAAACAAACAGAUUAGCACCUAAAGUUACUAUUGCUAAGAGGCUUAG